GCGGUCCCUGUUGUCUGCACACAUACACAGUACCAGUAUCAAUGGCUGAAGAAGAAGAAAGCGUUGUAGACAACUGGGAAGAUGCUGACACUGAAGAGUUAGAGCGUCGUAUGGAAGAGCGACAUAAACAGUUACAGCCCAUUAAAGUGGUGAAGAUCAAGGCACGACCUCCCACAGAGCAGACCCAAGCCCCCCCACCUAGCUCCACCUCUGAACCCCAGACUCAACUCCCCCUCAAGAUACAGGACUCAGAUCGGACGGAGUAUGUAGCACCAAUCAAGAUCUUAAAGCGUAAAUCUGAUGGGUCACCCCCCACUCACCCCACCUCGGCACACGCCCCCUCUACCAAGCAGUACAAGACACUUGCAGAGAGAGAGGCUGAGUAUGCUUCAGCUAGAGCACGGAUUUUAGGCUCUGAUUACCGAUCAGGGGAAUCGUCAACUAACAGUCCGCCUCAGGGCAGAGCCACCUCUGCUGGUAGUGCAGUCAAGACCAGCAACAAUGACGUAAUCAAUCGACAGCCGAAAGGUCCAAAUGGCUCUAAAGGAUUCACAAAAACUUCUUGAAAUUUCUAUGUACCCUUCCAAAUGAACAUUUUAUUGGAUAUUUUUUUUUAUUUGCUUUUAAUUCAUCUUUGUGGAGUAAUUACAAACUUAUAUGCAACGUUCUGUUUAUAGUAACCUACAUGUAUAAUAAUUAUUAUUAUUGUUGGAA